UUAAUCUAUAUCAAUGCAUCAUAUUCUAUAAGAGUACAAUAUUUACCUCCGGGACGUAGUGGAGGAGAAGUAGGAAGUACUCAGUGAAGUACACAAACCUCAAAUUUGUACUUAAGUGCAGCACUUGAGUAAAUGUACUUAGUUACUUUGCACGCCUGGUUGCUUCAUCUUUCCUUUGUUUUUAUAUCAGAUUGAAUCCCCUCCAGCGACUCCAGCAGAGGAGUUCUACUUUUAUUUUGUCAAAAUAAAAGUCCUCUCAUGUUCUUUAUUGGACAAAUGUUGAGGGGGCGUGUCCUCUGUGUCCUGUUUAUUGUACGUGAGAUGAAAAGAUAUUCUUCCCAAGUUCAACUAAAUAUGCUCACUUCAUUGAAUAAACUUAAACACAUGGUGUAAUGUAGUUCUGUAAAUGUACUUAGUUACAUUGCACCACUGUUAAUAAACCUGUUUAGAAAGCUUCAUACGGUCUGAUGACUGAAGGAUAAAGCUCCGUGUUGUUGUUGGAUGAGGUGUAAACCUCUGAAUCUGUCCUUGUGUUGAAUAAACCCCGGUGUCUCUGCUCAGGUGGACCCUAAAGACUACAUGCUGACGGGGCUCAGAGACGUGACGGUGGGCCGCCUGCCCGGCAAGCUGAACGGCCAGCAGUUCGUCAUCCAGGAGUGCGAGAACUGCGACAUCUACGUGUUGGACCACUCGGCCACCGUCACCAUCGACGACUGCGUGAACUGCCGCGUGGUCCUCGGGCCCACCAAGGGCAGCGUGUUCUUCAGGGACUGUAAGGACGUCAAGUGCGUCGUCGCCUGCCAGCAGUUCCGCACGCGGGACUGUAAAAAGAUGGAGGUGUUCCUGUGCUGCGCCACGCAGCCCAUCAUCGAGUCCUCCACGGGCAUGAAGUUCGGCUGCUUCCAGUACUUCUACCCCGAGCUGGCCUUCCACUUCAAGGACGCCGGGCUCAGCAUCUUCAACAACAACUGGAGCAACGUGCACGACUUCACGCCGGUGUCCGGGGAGAACAACUGGAGCCUGCUGCCGGAGGCCUCGGCCGUUCUGGAUUCGGUGCCCGGCCCGGACCCGGAGUCCGAAUUUAAGUCGGUUCGGAUCUCCGGCAACCCCGAACGCAGCAUCGUGCCUUUGACGAAGGGCGGGCGGCGAAAGGACAGCGAGGAGUCCUGCCUCUUCGUCUUCUUCGCCGGAGAAUACGCCACCGCCAACGCCCGCAAACUGAUCGACGAGGUGAGUGUGAGGAGGUUUCACCUCUGGUGUCGGUUUUAUGUGAAAGGAACAAAAGAUGAAGCCCGGUGAGCACCGACGGUGAAAAGAUGCUCAAAACUGGUUCAAACAGUUACACAUUCAGACCGUAUUUCACCGAAUUGUUUCAUCCUCUACAGCACACGUGUCAAACUCAAGGCCCGCCAACGUCAUUUUAUGUGGCCCGC